AUGUUCAGAAGAGUUGCAUCUGCGGUUCCCGCCCAGGCCGGACGAGUUCUUGCAUCGGGAGCCAGGCCGAACAUUGCCUCUCCUAUCCGCCGUGCAGCACCCGCCACAGUCGUUGCUACCAGCAGGCGGCAGUAUCACGAGAAAGAUAAGUUGCCCUUUCCUGCGUUUUCUAACAACCACUCACUGCUAGACCACUACAACCGUCCCCGUAAUGUCGGUUCCAUGUCGAAGGCCGACACGGACGUUGGCACCGGUCUCGUCGGAGCCCCAGCAUGCGGCGAUGUGAUGAAGCUUCAGAUCCGUGUGGACCCCAACAACAACACCAUCAGCGACGUCAAGUUCAAGACCUUCGGAUGCGGAAGUGCAAUUGCAAGCUCAAGUUAUUUGACUGAGCUCGUGCGGGGGAUGACUUUGGAGGAUGCUGCUAAGAUUAGGAAUACCGAGAUUGCUAAGGAGCUUUGCUUGCCACCUGUAAAGUUGCAUUGCUCUAUGCUUGCCGAGGAUGCCAUCAAGUCCGCCAUCUCCAACUACUACACCAAGAACCCCAAGGCAAAGCAGACCAACCUCGGCGGCACAUCCGCCUCUCUCCCCAAGGUCGAGGUGGAAACCAUUACAGAGCCCCGCGCCGCAACAGCAUGA